AUGGACGAGGGUGUUGAGUCUGCUGCGCCCGACAGCUGCUCGGGCGGAGACCCCAUCAGCCUCAGCGUGCUGAACUGGGAGCAAGUGCAGCGGCUGGACGCCAUCCUCACCGCCUCCAUCCCCAUCCACGGCCGAUGGAGCUUCCCCACGCUGGAGGUGAAGCCACGGGACAUCGUCAAGGUGGUCCGGAGCCGCAUGGAGGAGAGGCGGAUACAGGUCCGGGAGGUGCGUCUGAACGGCUCCGCGGCCAGCUACGUCCUGCACGAGGACAGCGGUCUCGGGUGGAAAGAUCUGGACUUAAUAUUCUGCGCCGAUCUGAAGGGGGAGAUGGAAUUCCAGAUUGUAAAAGAUAUAGUUCUGGACUCUCUUCUAGACUUCCUGCCCGAGGGAGUGAAUAAAGAAAAGAUCACACCAGUGACUUUAAAGGAGGCCUAUGUGCAAAAGAUGGUGAAGGUGUGUAACGACUCUGACCGAUGGAGUCUCAUUUCCCUCUCCAACAACCGUGGUAAAAACGUGGAGCUCAAGUUUGUGGACUCUCUGCGGCGACAGUUUGAGUUCAGCGUGGACUCUUUCCAGAUCCGCCUGGAUUCCCUUCUCCUCUUCUAUGAGUGCUCAGAGCACCCCAUGGCCGCCACUUUCCACCCCACAAUCCUCGGGGAGAGCGUCUAUGGCGACUUCCCCACCGCUCUCGAUCACCUACGCAAGCGCCUCAUCUGCACGCGGAGCCCCGAGGAGAUUCGAGGCGGGGGCUUGCUGAAGUACUGCCACCUGCUGGUGCGGGGUUUCCGCGCAGCGUCCAACCCCGAGAUGAAACUGCUGCAGCGCUACAUGUGCUCGCGCUUCUUCAUUGACUUCCCCGAUGUGAAUGAGCAGAGGAGGAAGCUGGAGUCCUACCUGCAGAACCACUUUGUUGACCUGGAGGACAGGAAGUAUGACUAUCUGGCCACGUUGCACGAUGUGGUGCAGGAGAGCACGGUGUGCCUGAUGGGCCACGAGAGGCGUCAGACACUCAGCCUCAUCUCCUCACUGGCACUGCGGGUCCUGGCUGAGCAGAACGCCAUCCCCAACGCUGCCAACGUAACCUGCUUCUACCAGCCUGCUCCUUAUGUUCAAGAUGGCAACUUCAGCAACUAUUACAUAGCACAGGUUCAGCCUGUUUACUCCUGUCCUCCCUCGCCUCCUCAGCACUACAUUUCUCCUUCACAACAUCCCAUGUACACCACCUGGUUGCCCUGUAAUUGAACCUUGUGGACAUUCAUGCACUUUUGUGUAACUGAUGGAACUCAUAGCGCAAUAAAAAGGAUGAACGUUGAUACUUUUCUAUCUCCUAUUCGAGAUGGGCAACUGUGGGAAAUUAGAGAAUAUAGGAAAACACGGAUUGAACCAGUGAUUCAGAAAAAGGGCCCUGUAUUAUAAUGACUAAGCAGGAGGAGCUGAACACAAAGGGAGAGAUGCAAAUAGGAGAAGCCGACUCAUCAGUUUUAAUGUUCCUUCAUCAAGAACAAGAAAGAUUUGGAGCAAACCCCAAGUUCAGCUGAAGCCCAGCCUUAGCUUCAAUAGGACUAAAUUUACGUUGCGCAACUCACAGGAACUCACAUUUUAGAUGAUGUGUAUUAACCUCGUCCUCACAUGGAAACAUGUAGAGGAAUGUAGGACACACAUAGCGUGCUGAAGGUUUUCAUUCAUCAUGUGGUCAGAUGUGGUGCAGUGGUGUUCUGAAUGGGUUUGUGUGUCUGUAGGGGAGCCUCCCCAUAGAGAAUGCAAAAAGAAGGACUUCACACUGUUUACAAAUCCAAAGAUCUUCUUUGAUACUCAAGUUUAUCUCAGCUUUAAGACCAAUAAAAACAGAAACAAUGCAUGCUUUUCUUGAAGUGCCUAGAUCCAGCCUAAAAGGAGGGGAUGUUUUCAUGAUUCUUUAACACAGAGUCGUCUGUUGAGAUGUCUUUCAAGGUGACAAUGAAUGUAUUGGUCAGAGAAUGCUGAGUGAGGUCUCUUACACUGAUGGAGGUACGGGACCAGCAGGCUUUGACACCGUUUAGUUAAGGACUGUUUUUAUCUGCUGCCCUGCUGGACGAACACACAUCCUGAUUACUAAAGAGGAAGUAACUCCAUAAUCUCAUCAUCAGUAGAGAGAGAGGUGGGGAGGUAAUUGGAUAAAGAAAUGCCUACGCUUAGGCUGAGUGUUUGAGAAUUCCACAUGCAAAAAUUAAUUUGGCUGCAAGAUGGAAAGUGACAAUAAUCUUACCCCAUUUGCACAUCAUAUUGAAUUGCAAUAUAAGGUCAAGAUAUUUUUAAACAUGUUGAUAUGUGCAAUUCUUAGAAAGUGUUUCACCAUAGGACUACAGUUGCAAACUACAGCUAUAUUUUGAUGUCCUACCAAACUAAAACACAUAAUCAUCAAAAAAAGACCACAGAAACAUCAUUUAGGCUCAUUUGAAGCUUCUCUGUGAAGUUAUCAUGAAAUAAAGUUGUUCUCAAGGUUUAACCAAAACUUGUUCACAUCUACGUGUGUGGGCAUCGUCUUCUCUGCCUGUUUAGUGCCCUUCAUGUGUCACACCACUAAAUGUCUAUUGGUACAAUACCAUGCAACCAAAGGCAGUGAAUUUUUGGUAAAAACAUUGCGCUACAGCACUACUGCUCAAAAGCUCUACAGUUUACCCAUAAUCGUUCAAAUCUACAUUAAGCAGAAAGUAAAUUUACAAAGUUGAAAUGCAUUUUGAAACCAUGCAUUUGUUACUCUAGCCUCUGAUCUGCAUCAGCAAUUAUCUGCAGAGCUAAAGAUACAGCCAUGUACAAUACAAGCAUCCAGCACUAUUGCUGGAUUUAGAUACAGUAUAGAUACAGUAAGAAGCCAGAAAAGGCUUGAAGAUUACAUGUAUGUAAAUUCAGCAGCACAGUGACUGUACUCUAAAUUGGCAAUAUGACAACGGAUCCAAGAAAAGGACAAGACUGUGAAGAAUUAGCAUAAAAAAGAUGAGUGUGUAACAAGUCAAGUUGGAAAAGACAGACAUUUCUGUGAAUUUCCAGCUUCUCUCGAGACUCAGCAUAUUCUCUGUCACCUGUCGUCAGAUCUGCUAUUUUUCUAUCAAUCUCUAUUUUUGUACAGUUGACGUUUGGCUGAUGUAGCGAGCAGAUUCAGGCUGUGUUGUAUACAGUAAGAGUACCAUUUGCGGUGUGUGCGGAUUUGUGUGUUAUUCUGGCAUAUGAGGAGCAGUGCAGGUGGAUGCAAUGUUAAAAUGGUGACUUUAACUUGUGUUGUAUGCUCUGAGCUGUUUCAUAUGGAUUCCUGUUGCUCUAAAGAGAUUGUUUUACUAUUCAACAUAAUUAUUGUGACUUGACAAUAAAAAGCAAGACCAUCA